AUGGAGGGAGCACGGAGCCUCCAGGCUUCGCUGGGGCUACAUCGGGCAAAGAUCGAUGCUCUGCGUGACCUCGAGGAGCGGCUCAAUGCACGCAUCGCGCGGCUCGGGGAGCUGAGCCUCAGCGUGAAGACGCUCAUCGACUCGGGCCCGCUCCUGCUGUCGGAUCUGGGCAUGGAUGGCAAGGAUGGCAAGGACGGCAAGGACUCCCUGCCCGUUUUGCCCAUCUCGGUGGAGUCCGAGGUGUCAGUCCAGGCGACCCUGAGCAACCCACACUGUGAGCCACAGUGUGCAGGGUCUCCCAAGUCACCAAGCAGCCGGCGAGGCGUGAACCGCUCCGUGUCUUGGGUCAGCCCGGACGAAGAGCGGCCGGUCUGCGCCAAGGAGGAUGCACCCCGGUUCCCUCCACACGGGCACUGGGUGCCCGCGGAUUUGUUGGAGCGCCGUGCCUCCUUUCAGGGAGAGGCGGCCCAGAAAUUGGGAGGGAGGCAAGUGCAGCUUGAGACGAAGCUGGGCAAUGUGCCUUGCAUCCUAGUGGAGCCCAUGGGGAAGCUGCUAAGUCCUGACGAGUUCAUCAGCGUCGGGGUGGCAAUUGUAUUCCAGGAAGCGCCGCAUUCGGGCUCGAGCGUGGAGGAGUGGGCGCAGGUCCUUAAGCGCACGAAGCUUUUAGAUGCUGGCCUCUCUGUGGCCUUUCCCGAUCUGGGCCAGGCUCUCCUGCAACGAAAAGAGGAAGGGGUGAGUGGGCCCACAGAGUCCACCGAGCUCGCAGCUGACUUUCAGGAGGUCUUCAACGCGAUUCUGUCCUCCACAAAGGAGGACUUCUACAUCCUCUGCGGCAAAGGCAAAGGUGCGCACCAUGCCAUGGACUUAGCCGCCAGAAACAGCGCCAAAGUAGUGUCUGCGAUCCUUUUCGCUCCAACCUCUCCUCCGCCCAGCUCCUGCCAGAGUUUCCCUGGCCCGGUAAUGUUGGUCUGGGCACAGGAUGAUAAGAAGUGCCCCUUUGAGAAUGCACCGCUCUGGGCAGAGCAGCUGGGUUGCCGGGACGAUGCCGUGGCUGUGCUCCGUGAUCCGUCUGUUGGGGGCCACGACCUUGCUCGGGUCCUCCGUAAGGACGAGCGGACUGCAACUGACAUGCUGGCCUUUGUGGCUGCCGUGCUGCUGGUUGCUGAACUGCCCAAGCUGAAGGCCGAUCUUGCAGACGGCCAAAAUGGCCGGAAGUCCCACGUUCUCCGGCUGCUGGAAGAGCUUCCCCAACACCUCCUGACCCAGCUCAUGCGCCAGCAAGUGGGAAUGAAGUCCGAAGGUACCGAAGGUCAUGCCGACGACCUUGCUGCGGCGUUACUGGCCCAUGUCCUGGAACAGCCCCAAGCUGCCAACAGCAUAAUGCAAGCUCUUAGGGAGUGGAUCAAUAACGACAUGCCAAGCGGUGCCUCUGCGUCUGAGUGA